CAAUUUUCUAUUAGUCUUUCACCAUUGUUAGAUUUACACUUCUCAUAUUUUCCGCAUGACUAUAAUAUCUCGGAAAUUAACAACAAUAUCCAACAAAGAAUGUCUAGCAUCACCCUAAUAUGAAUCAGUGACAUUUCUAUUUCCGUCCGUGCAACUCUGCUUUUGACAAUUAUCAGCGAAAGUGUGAACAAAGCAAAUUAAUAGAGAAAAAUUUUGUGAAAAUUAUACGAUUUCUAAUUAAAAUAUGUGUUUUAUCGGUUAUUAAAUAAGGCACAAGCAUUUAAAAUAUUAGUGAAAAUAAUUAUAAAGUGAAAUUUUCAUAUAUAACACAUUCCAACACAACUAAAGGCAAACAAACAAAAAGUGCAGUGUAGUUAUAGGUGCGGCGGUCGGUCGUGCUUAUUGGGAAUAUUGUUGCAAUAGACCGCCACUAUGGCACGCCCAAUUUAUCCAAAUCAACAAAAAAUCGCUGAAAAGCUUGUAAUACUCAACGAUCGUGGUUUGGGUAUAUUAACACGAAUUUACAAUAUUAAGAAGGCAUGCGGGGACACCAAAUCAAAACCUGGCUUCUUAUCGGACAAGUCACUUGAGUCAUCAAUUAAGUUUAUUGUAAAGCGUUUCCCCAACAUUGAUGUUAAGGGUCUAAAUGCAAUAGUAAAUAUAAAAGCAGAGAUUAUUAAGUCACUUUCAUUGUAUUAUCACACAUUUGUGGAUUUGCUCGAUUUCAAAGACAAUGUCUGCGAAUUGCUUACUACAAUGGAUGCGUGCCAGAUACAUUUGGACAUAACUCAGAAUUUUGAAUUAACCAAACAUUAUUUGGAUUUAGUUGUCACUUAUGUGUCAUUGAUGAUACUGCUAUCACGCGUGGAAGAUCGUAAAGCUGUGUUGGGUCUAUAUAAUGCUGCUUAUGAAUUGCAGAACAACCAAGCCGAUUCAGGGUUUCCACGUUUGGGACAGAUGAUACUCGAUUAUGAGGUGCCACUGAAACGCCUUUCAGAAGAGUUCAUACCACAUCAACGUUUGUUAACCAACGCAUUACGCUCACUUACAGCAAUAUAUCCGUUACGAAAUUUACCGGCUGAUAAGUGGCGUGAAAUGCAAAAAUUGAGUUUAGUAGGCAAUCCAGCCAUACUAUUGAAGGCAGUGCGCACCGAUACAAUGUCGUGUGAAUAUGUUUCACUUGAAGCGAUGGAUCGUUGGAUUAUUUUUGGUCUAUUACUGAACCAUCAAAUGCUUGGCCAAUAUCAAGAAGUAAAUAAAAUAUGGGUAUCUGCAUUAGAAUCGAGCUGGGUUAUAGCAUUGUUCCGAGAUGAAGUACUACAAAUACAUCAGUAUAUACAAAGUACAUUUGAUGGCAUUAAAGGUUAUAGUAAACGCAUUGGCGAGGUAAAGGAAGCCUACUCCGUGGCAACACAGAAGGCGGCAUUAAUGCAUCGUGAACGACGCAAAUUUUUGCGCACUGCUUUAAAAGAGCUCGCGCUUAUAAUGACCGAUCAGCCCGGUUUGUUAGGACCAAAGGCAAUUUUCAUAUUUAUUGGUUUGUGUUUGGCACGCGAUGAAAUAUUGUGGCUUUUGCGUCAUAAUGACAAUCCGCCAGUGCAGAAAAAUAAAGGCAAGUCAAAUGAGGACCUCGUCGAUCGCCAAUUGCCGGAAUUGCUUUUUCACAUGGAAGAGUUGCGCGCUUUGGUGCGUAAAUAUAGUCAAGUGAUGCAACGUUAUUACGUGCAAUAUCUUUCUGGUUUCGAUUCAAUCGACCUUAACAUACGUAUGCAGAGUUUACAAGUUUGCCCGGAAGAUGAAAGUGUCAUCUUAUCAUCACUGUACAACACUGCUUCAGGCUUGACAGUUAAGCAAGUGGAAGAUAAUGAAUUAUUUGAUUUUCGCGCAUUUCGUUUGGACUGGUUCCGCCUGCAGACAUAUAUGAGCGUCAGCAAAGCGGCUCUGCGUAUUACCGAACAUGUUGAAUUGGCGCGUCUACUUGAUUCUAUGGUAUUUCACACACGCGUUGUUGACAAUUUAGAUGAAAUACUCGUUGAAACUUCAGAUUUAAGCAUCUUCUGCUUCUAUAGCAAAAUGUUCGAUGAUCAAUUUCACAUGUGUUUGGAAUUUCCCGCACAGAACCGUUAUAUCAUUGCAUUUCCACUGAUUUGUAGUCACUUUCAGAAUUGUACGCAUGAAAUGUGUCCAGAAGAACGACAUCAUAUACGCGAACGUUCACUAAGUGUGGUCAAUAUCUUUUUGGAAGAGAUGGCUAAAGAAGCCAAGAAUAUCAUAACAACAAUUUGUGAUGAACAAUGCACAAUGGCCGAUGCGCUAUUGCCGAAACACUGUGCCAAGAUACUCUCUGUGCAAUCGGCCCGCAAAAAGAAAGAUAAAUCAAAGAAACAAUUCGACGAUAUACGUAAGCCAGGCGAUGAGUCAUAUCGUAAAACGCGUGAGGACCUCACCACCAUGGAUAAGCUACACAUGGCACUCACAGAGUUAUGCUUCGCCAUUAAUUACUGUCCGACGGUGAAUGUGUGGGAAUUUGCUUUUGCGCCACGCGAGUAUCUUUGUCAGAAUUUAGAGCAUCGCUUCUCACGUGAUCUCGUCGGCAUGGUAAUGUUUAAUCAAGAGACCAUGGAGAUAGCAAAACCAUCAGAACUCUUGGCCACAGUACGCGCUUAUAUGAAUGUGCUGCAGACGGUGGAGAAUUAUGUACAUAUCGAUAUAACGCGUGUAUUCAACAACUGCCUACUGCAACAGACACAAACCUUGGAUUCGCAUGGUGAAAAAACCAUUGCGGCGUUAUAUAAUACAUGGUACAGCGAAGUUCUGCUGCGUCGCGUCUCUGCCGGGAACAUCGUAUUCUCCAUGAAUCAAAAAGCUUUUGUGCCGAUUUCUCCAGAAGGUUGGGUACCUUUCAAUCCACAGGAAUUCUCCGACCUCAAUGAAUUACGUUCACUAGCUGAGCUUGUUGGUCCCUAUGGCAUUAAAUCGUUGAAUGAGACCCUAAUGUGGCAUAUUGCCAAUCAAGUGCAGGAGUUGAAACAACUUGUCGCUACCAAUAAAGAUGUGCUUAUACUAUUACGCACCAGUUUCGAUAAACCUGAAGUGAUGAAGGAGCAGUUCAAACGUUUGCAGGAUGUUGAUCGUGUCCUACAACGCAUGACCAUCAUUGGUGUUAUACUCUGUUUUCGUAAUUUGGUGCAUGAAGCACUUGUCGAUGUGCUAGAGAAACGCAUACCAUUCUUACUCAGUUCAGUGCGUGAUUUCCAGGAACAUUUACCGGGUGGCGAUCAAAUACGUGUCGCUUCGGAAAUGGCCUCUGCCGCUGGCUUGCCAUGUAAAGUCGAUCCAACACUUACCACUACACUCAAAUCGAAGAAACCCGAUUUUGAUGAGGGUGAACAUUUGGUUUCCUGUUUGCUAAUGGUUUUCGUAGCUGUCUCCAUACCGAAAUUGGCACGCAAUGAAACAUCAUUCUAUCGUGCUUCCAUCGAUGGACAUUCGAAUAAUACACACUGCAUGGCAGUCGCUAUUAAUAAUAUAUUCGGUGCAUUAUUCACCAUUUGUGGUGAGAAUGAUAUAGAGGAUCGCAUGAAAGAGUUUUUGGCAUUGGCAAGUUCAUCGCUAUUGCGUUUGGGUCAAGAGUCAGAUAAGGAGGCUACACGUAAUCGUGAAUCAAUUUAUUUACUUUUGGAUGAGAUUGUUAAACAAUCGCCAUUCUUAACAAUGGAUUUGUUAGAAUCUUGUUUCCCAUAUGUGCUCAUACGCAACGCAUAUCAUGCGGUCUAUAAGCAAGAACAAAUUUUGGGUCUAUAAAAUGCUUGACGUAUAUAAGUAUAACUAAGUGAUGAAUGAACAUUAAGGAAAUAGCAAGUUUAACAGUUUAUCAUUAAUAUACAAGUAACUUGAAAAGUAUUUACUCACUGUCCUUUUUCUUGUCUUUUGCUGUCUACUCAACUCUAAAACAUUCUAUUUCAAGCAUUUAAAUAUAACAAUAAUUAUCGAAUGCAUUACGUAACUUAAUAUAUUCCAAUGAAUAUAUAUUAUAUAAUACAUAUGUAUUUAACAGUAUA